CGUUUCAUUCGUCUUCGGUGCACGGUUGCGAUCAGAUCGCAAACCGCCGGCUAUACUUUGCUCGCGCUGCGUGUCGUGAUCCCCGACGUGAUAACGUGUUUGUGUGUCCAAUCCCGGUGUUAAUACUGUUGUGACAACCCACUCCAACAGCUUCAUCUUUUGGCGUCGGAUACCAUUGUAUGGCCCAUCGCCCCGUCAGUGCAAUGUCUCGCCAAGAAUCGGAAAUGAUUAACCGCAGCCGGCGCGCCCUGUCGUCCGGUACGCUGACGGACUCGAUCGAGAAGCUGCGCCACAUGUGUCUGGCCCGCGGUGCAUCAGGCAUUCUCGGUCUCGGUCGUUGCUUCCGCCGCAUGGACGACGAUGGUAACAAGCAGCUGAAUCUGGAGGAGUUCAUCAAGGGCCUGCACGAUACCGGGCUCGACAUCUCGACCGAGGAGGCUACCGAUAUGUUUAACAAGUUCGACACAGACGGUAGUGGUUCGAUCAAUAUGACCGAGUUUCUGAUUGCGAUCCGUCCCAACAUGUCCGAGUCGCGCGUAAACAUCGUGACCCAGGCGUUCAACAAACUGGAUAAAACGGGCGAUGGCUCGAUCACGAUCGAUGAUCUAAAGAACGUGUACUCGGUGAAGAACCACCCACUGUACAUCAGCGGCGAGGAAACGGAGGAUGUCAUUCUGCGGAAGUAUCUGGCCAACUUCGAGGAGAACGGCAACGUGGAUGGCAUCGUGACGAAGGAGGAGUUCCUGAACUACUAUGCCGGGCUGAGUGCGUCGAUUGAUUCGGACGCUUACUUCGAUCUGAUGAUGCGUCAAGCGUUCAAGCUGUAAAGCCUGUCGGUCGAUGACGUACGAGUGGAGCCUUCUACAGCCUUCUAAACGCACCAGGAACCUACGGCGCCGCCAGGAGUAGGAUCGAGACCGUGAUCGCGAUCGUGGGGACCUCUUCUUUUUAUGCAUAUACGUUUACUUGUCUAACCAACAUGCGUGCAACAGACAUCACACACAUGACAAAACUGCCUUAGAGAAGAUAGUGUCGUGAGCGGAAUGGAACAGCGAUCGUCGGCGGGAGUGCUGGAAAUUAAACCAAAGCUGGAGCAAAAUAUUCUGAAGAAACAGGUGCCGGAAUAAUAGAGGAUGAGAGAGAGAGAGAGAGAGAGAGAGAGAGAGAGAGAGAGAGAGAGAGAACGAGUAGAGCUACGACGACAAGGAGCUAUGGAGUAAUGUUUCGAUACUAAAACCAGUGCACCCCAAGAGUGUUUCCUCAAAACAACAACAGCAAAAGAAAUCCUUCAAUAAAAACAGCCUUAAGUUCACAUAA